GGGUGCCCGGCCUCGCCGCGGAACUGCAAUACGUGGCGGCGCCUCCCCGUUGGCCUGGAGCGGAACUGUGAAGGAGCAGCAGCGCAGGCCGGACGAGGUGAACCGGGUCAUUUUAUUGCCGUCAGAGCUAUGAUGGCUUCUGCUAGUGAUUAUUUCAAAGCGAUGUUCACAGGUGGAAUGAAAGAACAAGAUUUAAUGUGCAUUAAGCUUCAUGGGGUGAACAAGGUUGGUCUGAAGAAAAUCAUUGAUUUUAUUUAUACUGCAAAACUUUCUCUCAAUAUGGACAAUCUUCAAGACACACUUGAAGCUGCCAGCUUUUUACAGAUUUUACCUGUUUUGGACUUCUGUAAAGUAUUUCUUAUAUCGGGGGUCUCUUUAGAUAACUGUGUUGAGGUUGGACGGAUUGCAAACACCUAUAAUCUUAUAGAAGUGGAUAAAUAUGUUAACAAUUUCAUCCUGAAGAAUUUUCCUGCAUUGUUGAGUACUGGAGAGUUCCUAAAACUCCCUUUUGAGCGGCUUGCCUUUGUGCUUUCUAGUAAUAGUCUUAAGCACUGUACUGAACUUGAACUCUUCAAGGCUGCCUGCCGCUGGCUAAGGUUGGAAGAUCCUCGGAUGGAUUAUGCUGCAAAAUUAAUGAAGAACAUUCGAUUUCCACUGAUGACACCACAGGAUCUCAUCAAUUAUGUGCAGACUGUAGAUUUCAUGAGAACAGACAAUACCUGUGUGAAUUUGCUUUUGGAAGCUAGCAAUUACCAGAUGAUGCCAUAUAUGCAGCCAGUGAUGCAGUCAGACAGGACUGCCAUUCGAUCUGACUCGACUCAUUUGGUUACAUUAGGAGGAGUUUUGAGGCAGCAGCUGGUUGUCAGUAAAGAAUUAAGAAUGUAUGAUGAAAGGGCCCAAGAGUGGAAAUCUUUAGCCCCCAUGGAUGCUCCUCGUUACCAGCAUGGUAUUGCUGUCAUUGGAAACUUUCUUUAUGUAGUUGGUGGUCAAAGUAAUUACGAUACAAAAGGAAAAACUGCUGUUGAUACAGUCUUUAGAUUUGAUCCUCGGUGUAAUAAAUGGAUGCAAGUUGCAUCAUUAAAUGAAAAGCGCACAUUCUUCCACUUGAGUGCCCUCAAAGGACAUUUGUAUGCAGUUGGUGGGCGCAGUGCAGCUGGUGAAUUGGCCACAGUAGAAUGUUACAACCCGAGGAUGAAUGAAUGGAGUUAUGUUGCAAAAAUGAGUGAACCCCACUAUGGCCAUGCUGGAACGGUGUAUGGCGGCUUAAUGUAUAUUUCAGGAGGAAUUACCCAUGAUACUUUCCAAAAUGAGCUCAUGUGCUUUGACCCAGAUACAGACAAGUGGACACAGAAAGCUCCAAUGACUACAGUCAGAGGUCUGCAUUGCAUGUGUACAGUUGGAGACAAACUCUAUGUCAUUGGUGGCAAUCACUUCAGGGGAACAAGUGAUUAUGAUGAUGUUCUGAGCUGUGAAUACUAUUCACCAACUCUUGACCAGUGGACACCAAUUGCUGCUAUGUUAAGAGGUCAGAGUGAUGUUGGAGUUGCCGUCUUUGAAAAUAAAAUCUAUGUUGUUGGUGGGUAUUCUUGGAAUAACCGUUGUAUGGUAGAAAUUGUCCAGAAAUAUGACCCAGAAAAAGAUGAGUGGCACAAAGUUUUUGACCUUCCAGAGUCACUUGGUGGUAUUCGAGCUUGUACCCUCACAGUUUUUCCACCUGAAGAACACCCUGGAUCACCUUCUAGAGAAUCUCCUCUUUCAGCACCUUCAGAUCAUUCCUAGGACUAAGGUAUAAUAAUAUCUUUGCAGUGCAUCAUGGAUGAUCUCAUACUUUUCCUUCAAUUUAUCUUUUCUUAAAAUGAUUGGUAUAGUUACUAGAUAAAAAGAUAACUGAUGUCAUUUGUGUUGUUUGGCUUAGUAUGUUUAUCAGAUGGCUAACAUGCAUUCUGAAAAUGUAUUCCACAUAGCCAGCUGUUUUAAAUGAGAAAAGAUGUGUAGAAAAUGUUUAAAUUAGAUGUCUUCAUGUGGUGGUGUGUAAGUUAAUUGGAGGGGACUGUAGUAGAUAUAAUUAUGCUUCACAGCUGAAAGUUUUCAUUUUUGACUACAAAACGUCAAAGGGAGGCUGUUGCAACGUAAAACAGAAAAACAAAAGGUUGUUAAAUAUUAUUAGCUACCUCCCUCUUUCUGUAGAGUUUUUGACAUAUCUGUCAACUCUGACCAGAUUGAAUUCAGACUGUGACAUUUCUUAGGAAGACAUGAUAAAUAAUAAAUUCAGAGACUGAAAAAAACAGGAAAGCCCUAAGUCAGGGUUUGAGAUCUCUUUCUCUAGAGAGAG